AUGGCACCUUCCUUUCUUUCAGGUGGCACGGACAAUGCCGUUCAUGCUCUCAUGGAUUUGCUAGGCUUUUCCUUGUCGGAGAAAGAAAAGCCAUUUGCGCUUUCCUCUGAGACUCUGGGCGUUGUGCUCGAUACGUCCGAUGCAUCUAUGGAAAAGAUCUUCGUUGCCAACAAGCCCGAGAGGGCAUCCAUGCUUGCAGAUUCUUUGGGCCGCAUCCUUGAGCGCAGGCAGAUUGAUGCGAAGGAGCUCCCAUCGUUGCUUGGAAAGCUCCGUUUUGCUGACGCCCAAAUUCUGGGCCGCACUGGACGCUUGGCGCUGGCCGAUCUCAGGCACUUCGGCGAGCGCACAGAUGGCGACAGCUUUGACACGGGCGUGGGAGGCGUCCUCUUCGUGCCCGGCACAGGUGAGAUCCGCACUUUCGGGUGCAAGGUUCCUGACAAGCUUGUUAAUGCGUGGGCAGAAG